AUGUUCGUGUCAACACCUUAUGCUGCAGCUCUUGGAGCCUGCUUGCUUGUUUACUUCGUUGUGUUUCCGGUUAUUGUUUAUUUCCGCGAUGCUAAGGGCCUUCGACGUUAUCCCAACAUGCAUCCUCUGUCGGGAAUAUCAAAUAUCCCCUUCAUGAUAGUAGCACACAGUCACGCCCGCUCAUCAUACCUCGCCAAGUUGCACAAAACUCACCCAGUGAUUCGAACCGGUCCAAGUUCAUUGUCAUAUGGAGAUGUCCGUGCAAUCAAGGACAUCUACGGACAUAACACUCCCUGCACCAAGGACCAGACUUAUAUCGCCGGAGCUGGAACUCAUUACCAUCUUGCCGACGUCGUGAACAAGCACGAUCAUCAGAGAAAGAGGAAGGUACUCAGUGCUGCAUACGCUAUCAAGAACCUUGAAGGAUGGGAACAUAAGGUUGCAGAUAAAACACUACGCAUGUUGAAGCAUUUUGACACAUGUUGCACCAAGCCGUUGGCUAAGGGUGCGAUCCCGAAACCGGAAGACGUCAACCUCGACUAUCGAGCUUGGACCAACUUCUUCUCCCUCGACGCUAUCGCAGACAUUGGUAUUUCCGAGAAGCUGGGCUUCCUUGACCAAGGAAACGACAGCAUCCAGGGUCGCCGCACAGAUGGUACAACGUAUGAUUGUAAUCUCCGCGAAUGUCUUUAUGGAAGCAAUAUCAAGCAGUCUUUGCUUUUGUACUCAUAUCAGAGCUACCCUUUACUCAACAAACUAUCGAACGUCAUUCCAUACUACGGUCGGAUGGGGAAGCUCGCCACAAAGUGGGAUGGGAUUCCAACCGAGCUCGCACAUCGCCGACUACAACGCUAUCGUGCAGGAGAGAAGUUGGACGACUUCUUCCAAGCCUUGAUGGAAGAUAAAAAUGGCCACCCCAAUAACCUAGAAUGGGGUGAAAUUGUUGCGGAGAUCAACAUUAUGAUGAACGCAGGCAGCGUUACCACGGCGAUUGCGAUGACAAACGUUCUAUACCAACUUUUGAAGAACCCCACUGCCAUGCAGAAGGUCGUUGAAGAGAUCGAUGCUGCUCUGGAAGACGAUGAGGAGGAAGACGAGAGCGGAGUGAUCAGUCAUGACAAAGUCAAACAUCUACCGUAUUUGCGGGCCUGCAUUGACGAAUCCUUGCGACUGUUUCCACCAACUCCUCAAAAUCUCGGUCGUGAAACACCUCCUGAUGGCACAAACAUCCUUGGAGAUUACAUUCCAGGAGGCGUUUCUGUCUCUAUGUCGGCGCUCGUUGCUCACCGCUGCGAAAGAACCUUCCCACAAGCAGAUCAGUACAUCCCUGAACGGUGGUUGGGUGAAGAAGGCAAAGCGCUUCAGCCAUACUUCAUCACAUUCUCUGCAGGAGCACGUGGCUGCAUUGGUCGAAAUAUCUCCUAUCUCGAACAGACGGUCGUGUUGGCAAGCGUCUUGAAGAGAUAUGGGUUUGCUCUUAGCAAACCUGACUUUGAGCUGAAACGAUGCGAGGGCAUGAAUUGGUUGCUUGAAGAUAUGCCUGUCAAGAUUUGGAGAAGGGAAUCAACAAAUAAUACAACCGUUUGAGCGUUGCAACGAAGAUAAACUCGGCAUAUGGACGAACUUAUUGCGUGUAUGAGGAACAGCAUCAGGAGAAUAGCAUCAGGGGAACAGCAUUGGCGGCGUUUCGGGCCAGAUGAGGGCAUAUCUUUCCCAGUGCAGACUAUUUGGCGGGACUAG